AUGUAUUAGAUUGUAAUCGAAAGGGAACCCGAAAGUGUGAAUUUAUAAGAAAUACCUAAACUGUAUGUGAAUUCAAUAGCUUUGUAAUUUAAGGAUGAAUAGAUGACAGAGUUUAAAGUCAUUGAAUUUGCCUUGAUAAUACUCUCAAUGCUAAUUAGCUUGAUUUGUGGUGCACGUUACUUGAUGUGAGCAUGAAAUUCCUUAAUGUUAGUGUGUCGAUGACUUACAUGUGUUAGACAACAAUCAGUAUUUAGGCACUCCUAUCAUUGAUGUUAAUGAUUUUGCCUUCAAUAACU